UGAAGACAAACCAUGAUCAGUCUACCUUUACGUUUCUACAAACAUUUUGCCAUUUCAGGGAUAUAAGGCGAAGUUGAGUUUAGAACUACACAUGCAAUAACUUGAGUUUUUGAGAUUGAAAUAACUCAUGGGCACAUUUGCAGGACAUGUUAUUCCUGGCUUAUGUCUAGUUCUUCUUGGUGUAUGGCACAUGUACAAUACCAUUAUAGAGUAUUCUUUCAAAGGAAAAACUAGUUUUACUUCAAAAUUUUGGUAUCCAUUCAACUGCCCAUUUUUCAAGUUACUCAAAUAUUCAGAACUCAUCCUCAUCUUUACCUUUUCGGUCUUUGCCGCCAUUAUCCAAAUCCUCGAUUACCCUCACUUUCAGUUCUCUUUCGAGUUCAUUAACUUGGAACAUAUGACUAUUUUUCUCCACCUAGCUUUGUAUUCGGGGUUCACACUUGCAAGUGAAUUAACAAAUUCACCUGAAAUGUUAUCCGGGGUUGUAGGGAUACUGGCAUCCUCAGUCUUUGGCCAGGAACUGUUUUUACUUCACUAUCAUUCAGCUGACCAUAUUGGAUUAGAAGGUCACUACCACUGGCUAUUACAGGUUUUAGUGUUUUUCACCUUCAUUUCAGCAGUGGGAAUGACCAGUUACCUUGGAAGUUUCAAGCUUAGCCUUCUUCUUUGGGUUUUGGUGGUGUUACAAGGUUGUUGGUUUAUAAACAUGGGAUUCAUGUUAUGGGCUCCUAGUUUUGUUCCAACAGGAUGUAACGUGAACUGGAUCAAACAUGGUAACGGCAUUCAUGGAGUUGUAACUUGUAUGACGGAUGCGGCUAGAGAUAGAGCAGCCGCAGUAGCUAAUUUACAGUUCAGUUGGAUACUUGGUGGAAUCUUGAUCUUCACUGCAUUUUCUUGCUUGAAGAUAGUGAGGGAAAGUAGAUUAAGAAGUCAAUCAACAGCAUACGAGCAACUUCGGAUCAGAGGAGUGGACGUGAAUCAGAUUUUGGUGGAUGGUGUUGAUGUUUGUAAAACGGUUGAUUCCAAAGACACUGUUGUAAGUUUCAGCGUAAACUUGAGUCAGAUUUGAGUGCAACACCGGAGUCAUCAAUAUUCAGUCUGGUCACUGGUUGAAAUAUGUAGGUCUAACCUGUUUGACAAUAAAAGGCCUUCUUCUUGUGCCUACAACAGCUCGUUAAAUAUUUCUAAAAUACAGUAGCUUGUAAAGAUGUAAGCAAAUUAAUGCAGGUGUAGUGCAGAAUCCCAUUCUUGAGUUGCCCAGAAAUAUUGAAUAGGACGAUGCAAAGGAAUUGCCUUUUUUUUUCUUCUUAAUUGGAUCAGGCAAGCUCAGGCUGAAUUGUAUGACACUUCUGUCAGUGUGGCACUAUGGUUGAUAUAAUAGACUUGUCCUCCACUUUUUUUUUUUU